AUGGCUCUGAUACACGCAAGCAUGGAAUACAAAAACGAAGGCCACAGCGGCGUCAACCAGCUGGGAGGUAUAUUCGUUGGCGGUAGACCUCUGCCUGAUUCCACACGCCAACGCAUCGUGGAGCUGGCCCACGCCGGUGCCCGACCAUGUGAUAUUUCGCGCAUCCUCCAGGUGUCCAACGGUUGCGUCAGUAAAAUUCUCGGCCGGUACUAUGAAACCGGUAGCAUCCGGCCGCGGGCCAUCGGUGGGUCGAAACCGCGCGUGGCAACGCCGGAGGUGGUGAACAAGAUUUCACAGUUCAAGAACAACUGCCCGAACAUUUUCGCGUGGGAGAUCCGGGACAAGCUGCUGAACGAGCGUAUCUGUACGCCGGAGAACAUACCCAGCGUUUCCUCCAUCAACCGGGUGCUGCGCAAUCUGGCCGCCCAGAAAGAGUUCAGCAAGAAGCCGCACGCAUCGGACACACUCGGCGACGAGGUCAGUGGCUAUCUGCAGGGGAAAUCGCUGAACGAUGCGUCCUUCCUGCACUACAAGUACGGUGACAGCUGCCGCUCGAUGCAGGGUGCGGAGUCGGUGCUGCGCAUCAACGAUACGUACAGCCGGGCUGGCGGUGGAGGUGGCGGCGGCGGCGGCGGCGGCGGCGGAGGUGGAGGCGGGGGCGGUGGUGGUACGGACCCGACCGAUGUCAAGCCGAUCGCGGACGACGGGAAGAACCCGUUUGCGAAACACUGCUUCACCAACCUGGACGCGGGGGUGCCCGGCACGGGGGCGGGACCCGGACCGGGCGGGCCGGGCACGAAGCAGGUCUUCGUCGAUAACGAUACCGAGCGGUUGAGCUUGAAGCGCAAAUUGCAACGCAACCGUACGUCCUUCACCGUCGAUCAGAUCGAAUUUCUCGAGAAGGAGUUCGAGCGGACGCACUAUCCGGACGUGUUUUCCCGCGAGCGAUUGUCUUCCAAAACGAACCUGCCGGAAGCGAGAAUUCAGGUUUGGUUCUCUAACCGACGGGCCAAAUGGCGUCGGGAGGAGAAACAACGGUCCCAGGCGGUGUCCGAGGGCAGUUCGUCGGCAGCGGCCGCAGCGGCGGCAGCAGCCGCAGCAGCCGCGGCCGUCGCCGUACAGAACGCGUCCAUCUCGUCCUGCUCGCUGAACCUGAGCGCACCGCUCGUCUCGCACGUGUACGACUCGAACAUGUGCGUGGAGGACUCGAACAGCAACUACCUGAGCAAAACGUACCCGCUGGAACCGUCGUUCCAGAACCUGGACGCACUAAAGUCACCGCCCGCCCCGAACCAUUCGGCCGCCCCGCAGCAGAUCUCGCCGGCCGCCAUGUCCUUCAAGCUAUCCUUCCCGAACGCCGGCGGUGCUGGUGCGGUCGGGCCGAAUGGUGCCGGCGGUGGUGGCAGUUCGGCCGCCCCGGACGGCUCCACCGCGAACCUGAUGGGUACGGUACCCACCCUCGGCGGCAACGCCGGCUUCCCGCACGCAUCUACCUCAGACGACAAGUCGCUGUACAACCAUUUCGCCUACUCGGCCGCUGCCAACAUGCACCACAGCUAUUCGGCAGCAGCGGCGGCCGCCGUCGACCAGUCCUACAACGGGAUGUACCUGAAGAACCAGCUGUACAACCUGCCGACCAAUGCCGGCGUCCUCAGCUUCCAGUCCACGCUCGAGUGGAACAAGAGUUAAUGGCACGGGGCCGCCCUCGAGUCGGCUCCAUCAUCGACCGGUGGCGACCGGUACCAGUAGCGCUACACUUCGGCUGCUACUCUUAGCCUG